AUGUCGAUUCCUGGCUUGGGCCAGCUUGCAGUGCCGCAACAGGCAAACGCAAACCAAACCCGAUCAAUUAGGCUCCAGCCCUUUUGGGAAUGGCGCUUCGAAGUCGCCUUCGGCACCGAAAUCACAUUCAAACUCCUCUCCGGCACCGCUGAGAAGGAUGGCACCGAGCUCGCCCUGCAGCAUGUCUACACCUUCUCCGGGGUCAAGUCCAAGAUCCUCACCCUUCAGGGGUGUGAGUUCGAAGUCGACGGCAGCACAGCCGAUGAUUUCGUAGCCGAAUAUCACAAACCGCAAGACUCGCCGGCGAAUGCGUAUCUGAACCUGCACUUCCAGCUCACCGCCAUGCGCCAGCGUGCCGCCGCCGAGAGGAAAGAGGGACCAAGGAUCGCUAUCUGCGGCCCCCAUACAGCCGGCAAGACUUCACUGGCACGCACCCUGACAAGCUAUGCGACGAGGGUUGGUGCGCAGCCGCUCGUCGUGAACGUGGAUCCGAAGGAGGGCAUGUUGAGCCUGCCCGGCACCCUGAGCGCGAGUGUCGUCGGUAGCGUGUUGGACGUCGAGGCCGUGGACGGCUGGGGUACCACGCCGACGAGCGGUCCGAGCCAGGUCCCGGUUAAGCUGCCGUUGGUGUACUACUACGGCCACGCAAAUGCGGAGGACGACGCGGCCAAGUACCGUCAGCUUAUAAGUAAGAUGGCUGCGACGGUUACGUCAAGGCUGGCGCAGGAUCCGGAGGUGAAGAGCUCGGGCAUGAUUAUUGAUACCUUUGGGCUGAGCGAGAAGAGCAAUGCCGGCAUGGAUCUGUUUGCGCACGUCGUGGAGGAGCUAUCUGUGAACAUCAUCAUUGUAUUGGGGUCUUCCAGCCUGAACGCGGAAGUACAGCAAAGGUUUUCCGCGGAGAAGACGAGCCUCGGCGAGCAGUACAGCAUUGUUCUGCUGGACAAGUCCGAGGGAGUAGUUGAGCGCGACGAAGGGUUCAUGCAGCAGCUCUGCGAGGCGUCGAUCAAGGAGUACUUCUUUGGCAGUAUCGGUCGCACGCUGAGCCCCGCCACGCAGCAAGUCGACUUUGAUACCCUGACUAUGUACAGGCUUGGCGAUUACGCCCUCUAUGGUGCGGCCGACGACGGCCUCAUGCGCGUGGACCCAGCUCAGCUUAUGGCGCACUGGACCCUCGCUGUAAUGUACGCCUCGGUUAAGGACAGUCCCGCGACGAUCAGGUCCGCUAAUGUCAUGGGCUACGUGUACGUGGCCGACGUUGACAAGGAGAAGCGCAAACUGAGGAUUCUGGCGCCUGUGAGUGGCAGGCUUGGCGAUCGGCCGUUGUUGAUGGGCAAGUGGCCGGAGCCAUACAUCAAUCUGUUAGGAUAA